UCUUUGUACUCGCUUAAACUAUAAGUGCGUGUCUGUUCAGUGAUGGAUAUAUUUUUAAUUGUUAGCACUGUUUUAUUGAUGUGUCUUUAAUACUGUUCAAAAGGAAUGGAGGGCCUCCAUAUCGUGGCAGGAAUUUUUAUAAUUCUUCUAGGAAAAGGAUCCGUUGUGCCCACAGCUGCAACAGACCAACGUGUUAUAGAUUACAUAGCGGAGAAUCUAGAUAUAGAGGUCGCCGUUGUUGAUAAUUUACACAAAUACGAGGACCAUGUUCCUGUUGAUGUCUAUUUCCAUAACAACGGAAACCGGAGUAUACCUGCUGGUUCAUGGAAAAUUUACUUUUACAAUCUGUACGGAGUUAAAGCCGAGGAUUUGGCAUGUGGCCUUAGAGUGGAAAUAAUAAACGGAGGACUGUUUUCUUUUAUGCCGAAACAUAAUGGGUUUACAGGAAUUGCUCCAUCUACAGUACUUAAAUGUACAUUUUAUAAUAAGUAUUGGACAGUCGCAAAAACAGAUUUUUUCUUAAAUUGGUACGUUAGUUCUCCGGGCAACAGUCCGAGAAUAAUAGAAAGUACAAGGGAGGAAGGUGCUUUUGUUCGGGACUUUGACACUCCGGCGAAGUGGAAAAGAAGCAAAGAGGACCAGUACAAUCCCUUUUCGCCAGAACAACAAUACCAAAUGAAUGAAGGAAAUCAUACAUGGUCACAUCUUCAUCGAAUUGUACCAAAACCUUUGACCAUUUUAGAGUAUAAACACAAAACAUUACAUUUCGAUCGAAAGCUUUGGAAAAUAAUUGACUCAAAGGAUUUUCAUUUCGAGGCGAGGUAUUUAUCAGAUAAAUUACAAGUGCAGUUAGUUCAAUUGAGAACAAAAACCAGAUAUAUCGAAAUCAUCAAAGGGAACACUGGGGAUGUCGAUCCGGAGGCGUAUACUUUAAACGUGCAUCCAGAUUCACUUUCUAUCAGCAUAACAGCUUCAGCACCUCAAGGCGCAUUACAUGGAGUCCAAUCCCUUAUCAGUCUUAUAGAAGGUUACGCCGGACCACUGCCUUCGAUUUUUAUCAUAGACAAACCAAGAUUCAGUUACCGAGGGAUAUUACUCGACACUUCUAGGAAUUUCAAACCAAAGAGCUGGAUAUACAGAUUCCUGGACGUCAUGUCUAUGUACAAACUGAACAAACUGCACUUCCAUUUGAGCAAUGAUGAGGGAUGGAGGAUAGAAAUUCCAACUAUACCAGAAUUGACUCAGAUUGGAGGUAAACGAUGUCACAGCGAUUUUCCUGGAGAAUGUUUGAUACCUCAGCUGGGAUCUGGUCCCUAUAGCAACAACACUGGUUCCGGCUUUUAUUCGGUACAAGACUAUCGGGAUAUACUCGCAUAUGCUAACUCUCGCCAUAUUGAAGUGAUACCGGAAAUAGACAUACCAGCACAUAGUUACGCCGCCAUUACAGCGAUGAAUACAAGGGAAGCAAAGAUCAACAACAUGAAGACUCAAGGAAUUGUAAACAUACCUGAAUCAUACCUCUUAAGCGAUCAAAGCGGACCUAGUAACAUCUUCAGUGCACAGAGAUGGAUGAGGAACGCGAUUAAUCCAUGUCUAAAUACGACAUACAGAUUUAUUGAGGUUGUGAUUGAUACCUUUAUAGCGCUUCAUAAGCCAGUUCAGCCUCUUCGGACAUUCCAUAUAGGGGGAGACGAAGUACCGGAAGGUGUAUGGAACGAUUCCAUAGCAUGUCAGAAAUAUUUAAGCAAUUCGAAUACAAACACAAGCACGCUGCAGAAAAUGUUUACCAAAAGGGUAGCUGAUAUAAUGGCUUCGAAAGGCCUCGAUCUAGCAGUUGUUGGGGAAUCAGUCUAUGGAAAAAGGCCAACUCCAAAGUCAUUUUUCAAAAACAGUAAUGUGUUCGUCUAUCGUUGGGAUACACGUGGUGAAAUUUUGAACACCCCGGCUGACUUCGUAGAUGAAGGAUAUAAGGUUGUCCUGAUGCCUGCUACGCACGUGUACUUUGACAUCACUCAAGCGCCUGAUCCCGAGGAGAGAGGUUUAUUUUGGUCUACUCGAUAUAUUGACGAAAAGAAAGUAUUCGGAUUUAUGCCAGACAGUCUGCUCGCCAAUAUCAAUACUGAUCCGAUGGGCAACCCAAUUAACAAGGUUCAAAUGUGUUCGCACAAUACAUGUUCCAAUCAGUCAACGCUGCAAAAUGUGAUAGGGAUGCAGGCAUGUUUUUGGGCAGAGCUGAUGAGAAACGAAGCAGAUUUUCAUUAUAUGGCAUUUCCCAGAAUCCUUGCUUUAGCUGAACGUGCCUGGCAUAAGGCGUCCUGGGAAGAUAUAAAUGAUAUCAAACAAAGAGAUAUGCAAAAGGAGGAUGACUGGAAUGAGUUUGUUGAAACACUGGGUUAUAAAGAAUUGCCUAGAUUGGAAAACAGAGGGAUUCAUUACAGGAUUCCUCCACCAGGAGCAAAAUUAGACGGGUGCAUGUUGAAAGCAAAUAACAUGUAUCCAAACCAUAUCCUAGAAACGAGCUUAGAUAAUGGACGAUCGUGGGUACCCUUCUGUGAUAUGAUGUUACAGUCAGGAACACUAUUUGUCAAGGUUAGAUCAAAAUCGGUUAUAUUGCAGAGAGUGAGCAGACAAAUAGAAUUUCAAGUGACAGUGAAUGAAAAGUCCUUACCAAAGGAUUACAAAGAUUUAUUAAGACCUAAUAGAUGUCUGAAAACUGUGAUCUUAAAAAGUAAUCAUGGCUACACAAAAUCAUCGUCCCAAUGUUACACAAAUUGUAAGACUUGCUAAAUUCCUUUUUAUAACCGACUAGGGAUCUAUAAAAUGUGGCGUUAUAAGGAAAUAGUCAUCUAGUUAUUCACAGACUUGUACGAUAAGGAUAAUUUCUACUGAUAAUCGAUAAAAUGACUAGAAAAUGACUUUAUUGUUACAAUAUAUCAAUUUUGCAUUGUUGCACAGAUUCGUAGACAUGUUAAAACCAUUUGGACAUCCACUAUAAUGCCUGUAAACUAUGACGAUAAAAAGAAGCAGAAGUUAAGUCAAAUUUACAUCAUUGUUAAAUAAUUGUAAAACCUUCAAAACUCCUAGUGCACAUCAUUUGAAUAUUUAAAAAAACGGUGUAGUUACAAUGAUCAAAGUUUUGCACACAAUUUAGGAGUUGCUUCUCCUGAUACUCUGUCUUCAGCAAAGGCAUUGAGUACAUGCGUUUUUGGUU